GGGAAAUCAUUCGUUUUACACGUAUAUAUAUCACCGACAUGACAUAACAUAACCUAUAACUUUUAAAAGCAAAUUUAUUAAUAUUGGCUUAAAAUAAGUUAAAUUAAAAUGGGGAUUUAUUCGCGGUGCGUAUUAUUUUCGAAAAUAUAUACCCCCGGUUUAAAAAAAUCGGCCUUUUUAAGUCUAAAUUCAACACAAAGGUUAAUAACAUUAAAAAGAGAAAAAACGUUAACUAUUAAUAGUAUAUUAAGUGUAAAUAUCCAUAAUAGUACGAAUUUAUUAAAACGAAGAAAAGAUUCGGAAGAAAGAAAAAAACCCAAUUUAAGAGAAUACUCUCCAAAACAAAAAUUAGAAGUAAUCGAUGUUUGGAGAAACAUAACCGUAAAAGAACUAGCAGAAAUAAUGAAUAAAAACACAUCAUACAUUGAAGAACUCUUUUUAAACAACAUAAAGGGCUCAUCAACCGUGUUAUCAGACCUCAAAGAACUUCAACUCGCCAUAAGACGAAGUGGAAAACGCAUGAGAAUCAUACCAAAGCCUUCAGAAACUGAAGACUUUCAAGACGAAGAUGUUUCUCCAAGACCUCCACCAGAUCCAUCCGUUUUACAGAGGCGACCACCCGUCGUCACAGUAAUGGGACAUGUCGAUCAUGGAAAAACAACCCUUUUAGAUAGUUUACGACACUCAAAUGUUGUUGAUCGCGAGUUUGGGGGAAUUACUCAACAUAUUGGAGCUUUUUCGGUUUCUUUGGAUUCUGGGGCUAGAGUUACGUUUUUAGAUACUCCGGGGCAUGCUGCUUUCACUUCAAUGAGGGAAAGGGGGGCUAAUAUAACGGAUAUUGUUGUUUUGGUUGUUGCUGCUGAUGAUGGCGUAAUGGAACAAACUGUGGAAUCAGUUCGAAUGGCUAAACAAGCCAAUGUUCCAAUUCUUGUCGCAAUAAAUAAAAUAGACGCCCCAAAAGCAAAUGUACAAAGAACGGAGCAAAUGCUUUUAGAAAUUGGAAUUCAAGUAGAAAAUCAAGGUGGAGACGUCCAAUCUGUUCCAAUUUCCGCUUUAAAAAAGAAAAAUUUAGAUCAACUCACCGAGGCUUUAGUUCUUCAAGCAGAUCUCCUUCAAAUUAAAGCAGACCCAACGGGACCCGCAGAAGGCGUUAUCAUUGAAAGUAAACUAGAUCGACAUCGUGGAAAAUUAUGUACAGCAAUUGUGCAAAGAGGUACAUUAAAAAAAGCAGCUGUUUUAGUUGCGGGAAAUGUUAUGGGGAAGGUGAGAGUGUUACGCGAUGCUGACGGAAAAGUUUUGGACGAAGUUAAACCGGGAUAUCCAGUUGAAAUUGAAGGAUGGAAGGAUUUACCCCAAGCUGGGGAUAUUAUAUUGGAAGUUGAAACGGAAAAAAAAGCUCGAAAUGUUUUAAAGACACGCGAAGAAAAAAACGUAAAGGAUAAAGAAGAAGAAAACUUAGCGAUAAUUGAAGCUAAAGAAAAAGAACAUUCAAAGAUUUAUCAAGAAAAAUUAAAACUGCGUAGGAGUUUGGGGAGAUUUAAAUUAAGACCUGAAGGUCCGCGAAAACCAGAAUAUAAAAGAGAUGAUACAUCACCCCAUUUGAAUAUAAUCCUAAAAUGUGAUGUAAAUGGAACUUUAGAAGCGAUAUUAAAUGUUCUAUCAACGUAUGAAUCACAAGAGUGUCCCCUAGAUAUAGUUCAUUUUGCUGUUGGUCCCAUUACAGAGUCUGAUGUUGAAAUAGCAAAAGCUUUUAAUGCUGUGAUUUACACUUUUAAUGUUACAAACCCUGAAAACAUCAUCAACGACGCAAAUAACUCAAAAUUAUCCAUCCAACAACAUAAUGUAAUCUAUAAAUUAAUCGAUGACGUAAAAGAACAAAUUAAUUCACGUCUACCAAUGAAAGAAGUCGAAGAAAUCGUUGGCGAAGCUCAAGUUUUACAACAAUUCGAAAUUAACGAGGGUAAAAGAAAAGUUCCUGUCGCAGGAAGUCGAUGUACAAAAGGAGUACUUAAAAAGAAUUUGAUGUACAGAUUGGUUAGGGAUGGGAGUCCUAUUUAUGAGGGAUCGUUAUUCUCAAUGAGACAUUUGAAGAAUGAGGUGGAUACGAUUAAGAAAGGUUUGGAAUGCGGAUUACAAUUACUUGAUAGAGAUAUUAAGUUCGAACAAGGAGAUGUUUUGAUUUGUUUUGAAAAGAAAAUGGAGAAGCAAAAAACCGAUUGGGAUCCUGGGUUUUAAAAUAAUGUUGAUUUUUUUUUUCGUUAAUAAAAGAAAAAAUAAUAA